AUGCCGCCUCAACAAGGUUACAUCUCUCGCCAAUUCGAGGCUCUUGAAGAUGGUGCCAAAACUCCCAUGGCCAUCUGCCGCCACUGCAACGACAAGAAGGUUGCAAGAAACAUAGUCGCUCGUAAAGUUGCUCAUCUCGCUGCCUGCGAGGCAUAUUACACCUAUCUUCAAGCCUUGCUCGACGAUGACUCCUCUAAUGCGGGAGAAAAAGAGCUGAGGCAGCUUCCUGAUGAGCUCAAGGUCAAGAUCGAGCAGCGUACUGAGCAGCCUUUGGUUACAAAGACGAGUCAUGCCGCUGCUGAGGUCGCCAAUCAAGAGGUUCUCAAGUCUGACCUUGAUGAGACUCUCAUGCAGGCCAUCUUCCACGGCAGCUUACCUUUCGACGCUUUCGAGCCAAACAAACAUCCUCAUCUGCUUCGGCUCUGCCGUAUGAUCAUGCCCGACUUUGUUCCUCCUUCGCGUGCGCGUGUCGCUCAGACCAUGGCCGAUAUGUCUGUUCGCUCUGUCAUGCCAGCUCAGCAAACUCAACCACCUGAGCAGUUCUUCACACCUCGUACGGACCCUGUUGACAGAGCCUACGCUCAAGAAGAGUCUGCUCGCGCUGCCCUUUCAUCUCGCAUUGUCAAUGACCUACUCUCUCGCGCAACUCCACAAUCUACCCCUGGAUCAAAGCGUCCCUUCGAUCUUGUCUGA